CGCGCCCCCGAGCCGAGUCCGCGCGUCAGUCGAUCCGGAGCGCGGCUGCGGGGCGGCGGGCUGCAGCCAGCAGAGCGCGCGGGUCUGGGGAGGAGGUGGUGGUAGUGUCCGCGAGCAUCGCCAGAGGAAAGUCGGAGCCCAGAGACUCACCCAGCGCCAUGGCCCCCAUUGGCCUCAAAGCCGUGGUCGGAGAGAAAAUCAUGCAUGAUGUGAUAAAGAAGGUCAAGAAGAAGGGGGAAUGGAAGGUGCUGGUGGUAGACCAGUUAAGCAUGAGGAUGCUCUCUUCCUGCUGCAAGAUGACGGACAUCAUGACCGAGGGGAUAACAAUUGUGGAAGAUAUCAACAAGCGCAGAGAGCCGCUCCCCAGCCUGGAGGCUGUGUAUCUUAUCACUCCGUCUGAGAAGUCUGUCCACUCUCUCAUCAGUGACUUUAAGGACCCGCCAACUGCUAAAUAUCGGGCUGCACAUGUGUUCUUCACUGAUUCUUGUCCAGAUGCCCUGUUUAAUGAGCUGGUGAAAUCUCGGGCUGCCAAAGUCAUCAAAACACUGACGGAAAUCAACAUAGCAUUUCUCCCAUAUGAAUCCCAGGUAUAUUCCCUGGACUCUGCUGACUCUUUCCAGAGUUUCUACAGUCCUCACAAAGCUCAGAUGAAGAAUCCUAUUCUGGAGCGUCUGGCAGAGCAGAUCGCAACCCUGUGUGCCACCCUGAAGGAGUACCCAGCUGUGCGGUAUCGGGGGGAAUACAAGGACAAUGCCUUGUUGGCUCAGCUAAUCCAGGACAAGCUCGACGCCUAUAAAGCUGAUGACCCAACAAUGGGGGAGGGUCCAGACAAGGCACGCUCCCAGCUCCUCAUUCUGGAUCGUGGCUUUGACCCCAGCUCCCCUGUGCUUCAUGAAUUGACCUUUCAGGCUAUGAGUUAUGAUCUUCUGCCCAUUGAAAAUGAUGUUUACAAGUACGAGACCAGCGGCAUUGGAGAAGCACGGGUGAAGGAGGUGCUCUUGGAUGAGGAUGACGACCUGUGGAUCGCACUGCGCCACAAGCACAUUGCAGAAGUGUCCCAAGAAGUCACAAGGUCUCUGAAGGAUUUUUCUUCUAGCAAGAGAAUGAACACUGGAGAGAAGACCACCAUGCGGGACCUGUCCCAGAUGCUGAAGAAGAUGCCUCAGUACCAGAAGGAGCUCAGCAAGUAUUCAACUCACCUGCACCUUGCUGAAGACUGUAUGAAGCAUUACCAAGGCACUGUGGAUAAACUCUGCCGGGUGGAACAGGAUCUGGCAAUGGGCACAGACGCCGAGGGGGAGAAGAUCAAAGACCCCAUGAGAGCCAUCGUCCCCAUCCUGCUGGAUGCAAAUGUCAGCACGUAUGACAAAAUCCGCAUCAUCCUUCUCUAUAUCUUUCUGAAGAAUGGCAUCACUGAGGAGAACCUGAACAAACUGAUCCAGCAUGCCCAGAUCCCUCCAGAGGAUAGUGAGAUCAUCACCAACAUGGCUCACCUGGGUGUGCCCAUCGUCACAGACUCCACUCUGCGCCGCAGGAGCAAGCCAGAACGGAAGGAGCGCAUCAGUGAGCAGACCUACCAGCUCUCACGAUGGACCCCAAUUAUUAAGGACAUCAUGGAGGACACUAUUGAGGACAAACUGGAUACCAAGCAUUAUCCAUAUAUCUCUACCCGCUCCUCUGCUUCCUUCAGUACCACUGCUGUCAGCGCCCGCUAUGGGCACUGGCAUAAGAAUAAGGCCCCAGGAGAGUACCGCAGUGGCCCCCGCCUCAUUAUUUUCAUCCUUGGGGGCGUGAGCCUGAAUGAGAUGCGCUGUGCUUACGAGGUGACUCAGGCCAAUGGCAAGUGGGAAGUGCUGAUAGGAUCCACGCACAUCCUCACCCCACAGAAACUGCUGGACACGCUGAAGAAACUGAAUAAAACAGAUGAAGAAAUAAGCAGUUAAAAAUCUAAGCUGCCCCUCCAAAACCCAGCCCCCUUCCCAGAGUGCUCCGCGGCUCCCCAGCGCCAUGCCUCAGUUUCUCUGCUGCCUCCCCAGCCCUGCACGCCCUGGCCACCCUCCCCGCGCUGCGGUCUCGUGAUUGAUAACGCCCUCUUCUCGUUUGAAGCAAAACAGAAUAAUGCAUUGUGUUUUUUAAAAAGAGUAUCUUAUAUAUGUAACUACAAGGAGCAGUUCACCUGCAAGCGCUGCGCCGCCAUUUUUGAACUCUAGACCGAAUGGACUCCUCGCCCUUAUUUAUGGUUCCGUGACCUUGUACAUAGCCCUCUGCAAACCCUGCAAACUGCUUGAGUAUGGAAAGGUAGAGUUUGGGUAUUUUCACAUUUUUGUUUUGGGUCAUUCCUAUCCUCCGUGGGAAUCAGCGGUGUCUAUGUUCUUAAAGUAUUUCACGCUGAGGAUUAUUAACCUGGCAUCUGCACUCCACUUGCUGCCCUUGCUGCCUCUUCUCGUCCAGAUAAGCCAGGAAGUGACAAUCAGGGCAUAGACACCUCGUGGGGCUGGAGCUGGAACUGGCCUCUUUUCUUCCCCCAGGAGCUUGUGCCCUGGUGAUCUACAGCAGUGGAUGAGGCUAAGGAUGUCCACAUGAAGCCAGGCUGGGUGCCAGCUGGUGCAUCCUGCUCAUUGCCUGGCAUUGUUUCCCAUGGCCACUGUGCUGUGACCCUGGGGGAGCCUCCCACCCCUACCCCCCACCCCACUCCCGCCUGUCACCGCCAAGACAGAAAGUGGGCUCCCACUGGAACCUGCUUGCCUCUGCAAAACAUGAGGCCUCCUGACCCUGUUGACUACCCCCUCCCCCCCCCCACAUCCCCCUAAACAACUCCUCUUCCCUAGAAGGGUCAGCCUGGGUAGCGUUCAUGGGGUAGGAAUGGACUGGAACAGACAGGCCCUGGUGGCUUCUGGUCAGAGAGCUUUUUCCAUGGAAAGGGUGCAGGCGCUCUGCCCUUCCCCCCGGGUGAUGCCAACGCUGACUCCACUCAGCAAGCGUGGUCGCGGUCUGUCAGACAAUCCUCAGUCUAAGAUACUUCAUAGUUCUUUAUUUUGUGUAGUAUGUGGUAAUGUCUUUGUGGUUGUAAGAAAAAAAAUGAUCAUUUUAUUCUCUGUAUAAAAAUGUAGCUGUAUAAAAUGUAGCUGUAAAGCAAAAGUUAAGAAGCAAGUGCUAGAAGGAUAUCUUAUCCUCAGGACUCAGCAGUUUCCUGGUCCCAGGAGCAAGCACACCACUUGUUCUGCUGCUGUUCUUGUGAAAAAAUAAUGACAGUGGAAGUCACAAAAAUGUCCCCUUGCCCAGCCCCCCGCCACCCUCUCCCUCCCGCAGACUGUGUAUAUUACUGCGUCUCGUACCUGUGGUGUUCGCCUUCCUUUUGAAAAUACGUUCUGCCUGCCCCGUUAGCUGCUCUGUGGCAUUCUCUUCUGGCUCCGAAAUCUCCCUCUGCACUCCCAUUAGUUUUCAGUCCUCUUCCUGUCACUCAGCCCCCCUUACAAAGUCUCAUUUCCUUAGGACAGAACUGUAGGAACCUGCAUUGGUUUGUUUCUCCCUGUCUGCUUAUUUUGUCCCCUCCAACCAAGCAAUGCUUAUGCUUCAGGACCUUGUUUUGUCAAACGUGGAUUUUCCUUUCUGUUAUUUAUAUAAAAAUAAUUUAUCAAAAGGUUAUUUAAAAAAAAAAAGCUAGUCUGUCUUGAAACUUGUUUACCUUGAAAUUAUCAGAAAUCUCAGUGUUUGAAAGUAUCGAAGCACAAACAUGUAUCAUCUCUGUACCGUUCUGUACUAAAGCACUCGAGUCUAAUAAAUAAAUCAGUGCCCAUG